ACUGAAUGCCCGAGACUUCACAUUCUCUUCGUUAUUCUCGCUAUUUCCUUAAGUUCAAGCGGGAAUCUGGUUAUCAUAAUUUAACCCCCUCUCUCCUUCUCUCUCCUCCUCUCUCCUACUGAAGCAAAUAGCGAAUCUACGCCUCGAUACGGUUGACCGGUUCCCCGCAUCGGGAGUUCAUCAGCGUUCUAGCAAUCAUUAGGAUAUUCAGUGACCCGCAUCUCCUUAAGUCGAUACUUGCAGGCGAUCGAAUACCCAACACGAUCAUAAGUCUCUGUUACUACACACACGAAUAAGCCAGAUAUUAUUAUACCUGUCGCCGCCAAUUCAGUCACGACGCCGUUAGUUGAGAUCGCUUAAGGCAAAACAUUCACGAUGUUCCGCGCACAGCAGAACGCUUUCGAUGACGCAGUCGCCAAGGCGACUGACGAGAACCUGACAUCAGAGAAUUGGGAAUACAUUCUUGAUGUCUGUGAUAAAGUUGCGGCUGAGGAGUCUGGUGCGAAAGAUGCUGUUGCCGCCCUGAUCAAGAGACUGGCGCAUAGAAACGCCAAUGUCCAGCUAUAUACUUUGGAGCUGGGCAAUGCGUUGGCACAAAACUGUGGCCCGAAGAUACAUCGUGAACUGGCAUCCAGGAGUUUCACUGAUGCUCUGCUCCGCCUUGCGAACGACCGAAACACCCACCAGCAAGUCAAGUCGAAAAUUUUAGAGCGCAUGCAAGAGUGGACGGAGAUGUUCUCUAGUAAUCCAGAUUUCGGUAUCAUGGAGCAAGCAUACAUGAAGUUAAAGACACAAAAUCCGAACAUACAGCCCCCUUCGAAACCCGUUAAAACAGAAAUAACGGAUUCGGAUCGCCGGAAGGAAGAAGAGGAAUUGCAGAUGGCACUGGCACUCUCAAUUAGAGAAAAGAACCCUGCAGCUCCUGAGCCACAGCUAGAAUCGAGUACUUCUGGUGCUGCCCCUGCCAGUCAGACACAGCCCCCAGCUCAUCAGCCGGUCCCUCCUGGUACUUCUGCUGCCACAGUGUCUCGUGUUAGAGCGCUCUAUGAUUUCCAGCCUUCAGAACCCGGGGAACUUCAGUUUCGUAGAGGCGAUGUCAUUGCAGUUCUUGAGUCCGUGUAUAAGGAUUGGUGGAAGGGUUCGCUAAGGGGACAAACAGGAAUAUUUCCUCUCAACUAUGUCGAGAAACUUCCUGAUCCCACAGUCGAAGAGCUACAGCGAGAAGCUCAGAUGGAAGGGGAGGUGUUCGGACAGAUCAAGAAUGUUGAGAAAUUAUUAACACUCCUCAGCACGCGGAGUACUGAACCAAGCGCCCAGGAUAAUGAAGAAAUCACAGCCCUCUAUCAUUCAACGUUGGCAAUUCGGCCUAAGUUGAUCGAGCUCAUCGGCAAAUACUCUCAGAAAAAAGAUGAGUUCACUCAGCUCAACGAGAAGUUCAUCAAAGCCAGGCGAGACUAUGAAUCCCUUCUAGAGGCAUCCAUGUCGCAUCCCGCCCAGCCUCCAUAUGGCAGACCUGGGCCUUCCCAGUAUGGAUAUCCUGGGCCUGCGGCACCCAUGGGUUAUCCCCAAGGCCCUGCGCAAUCUGACCCUCAACGAUACUUCAGCCCUCGCCCUCAAGAGACCCCAUCACAGCAGCCUAACGCAUCCGGAUAUUAUGGUGCCGAGCAGGCGCCCAUGUACCCUCCGGCGUCCCAAUCUCCCGAUCCGCACCGCCGUACUCCCCCUACUGGAGCAGCCUAUCAACCUGUGCAUCAUCGUCCAGAAUCCACAUAUGAGCACCCGCAAGAACUAGGAACAUCUGUUUAUGACUCCCCUGUCGAGCAUCCUUCUUCAAGCCAGCGACUUCCAUAUCCCCCUGGUGGCCAAGUCCCACCAGCUGUUCAGCAACACUUCCAGCAGCAACCGCAACAACCACAACAGGAAUAUUCACCUUAUCCCCCUGAAGACGCAGCGAAGCCACAGCAGCCUCCAUACCCUACCACUCCGGCCUCUCAUCAAGCACCACCGAUGCAUCAGCCGCCACCUGUCCCAGGAACAGCAUCAACGCCGUCACCUUAUCCUUCUUUGACACCUGGAGCAGGAGGCUACCAAGCAUACAACCCAUCGCAAGGAGGAGCACCCAACUCCAACCCAGCUUCAUUUUAUCGGUGAUAGCCAGUUUCUGAGCUCACAAGACCCCUUUAUGAUUUCUUCACUUAAUGAACCGGCAUAUUGAUAACAGUUUUCCAUUGAGCUUUGUGUAACGUGAUGAGAUUUCUUGUUCUCGAUUAAGCCAGAGUCGGGAGGUUGCUUUUAAUGGUUCUGUUACAUUAGCCUGUUUCGUCAACCUUGACUGCCAUCUGUCGAUUCUCCUUGCCCGCUCU